UCGCGACUUCAGUGGCCUGUAGAAGCCCGAGACCGGCGAGCGACAUCUGCUACAAUCGCUCAAGAGGAUACUUGGACUGAACCAUUGAAAUAUGCUUUUUAAAAUGAGCAACACACUUGAUCUGAAUAUCUUUAUUUCUUAUUAAAAAUAAUUUAUUAUUAUGCAAGGAUAUAACAUACCAAAAAGAUGAUUGUGAACGUCAGCGUGAGCAGGAGAGGCGAGCUUUCCACUGAAACCAACACCCCAUACGGAUUACAGUACAUACAUUUCAUCUGAUUUCCGCUCGGUUUUGGAUUAUAUCGGCUAUAUUUUCCGGGAUGGAGGGUCGUGAUUUCUCCGCUCCAGCACAUCUCCUUUCAGAGCGGGCCACUCUGGUGCAUCGCGCCGCUUCUCGCAUCUCCUCCAGCGGCCACGGCUCGAUGCAACACCCGACUCACUUUCCACCCGGGAAAUAUUAUCCAUCGCAUUUACCAAUGGCGGCGCAUUCAGGCAGUGGACUGAUGGGCAACUCCUCUGCCUCGUUCAUGGGGACAUUCCUAGCCAGCAGUCUAGGCUCACCUCCAUCGCACCCGCCACACCCCUCCAGACCUCCGUCCUCUCCCUCCUCUCCUUCUUAUCGCGGGGGUCCGCACUCCAGCGCCUCUCAGAUCUGGUUUCCCCACUCUCAUGAAGCAGUCCCAGGGUAUCCUCGCUUCUCAGGGAGUCUAGCCCACACCUUUCUUCCCAUAAGCCAUUUGGAACACCAUGCCAACAGCGGGGUGCUCUAUGGGCAGCACCGUUUCUAUGACACACAAAAAGAGAACUUCUAUUUAAGCCUUCCAUCCCAGCCCCCACUCAUCUCAGCUAAUCACAGCAUCCAGCCUAUGUCGAGGGCAGGGCCAGGGCAAUCCCAGGGCUCAUGUAGCAGGGACAGAGAUGCAGGAAGUGGGGUGAACCUACACAAAGGCCUUAAAGAGACUAGCAUAGACAGAGGUGUGGUAUCAGGCUCCAAAGAAAAAGACAGGUCAAGUAGUAAACAGGACUCUAAAGACCGCCAUCAGCAAAGUCACCAUCAACUACCCCAUCAUCAUCCGAAUCAACCCCAGCUCCAUCCACAACACUCAGUCACUAUGGAAGAGAUGAACAGCCGGGUACACAAAGCUAACCUGUCUAUGGAAUACAAGGAUCAUCCACAGAGCAUGGGAAAGCCUCUUAGUGCCUGUUUACUCUAUGGAAAGAUGCAGAAUGGUGACCAGGGUACUGGAGCAAAGGUCUCUAUGGCUACUUGUGGUGGGGAUGGGGUGGGUAGAGGUAAUGUAGGCUCCAAUAGUAUCCAAAGCAGGCAUGUGGGGGGCAGCAGUAAUGAGCGCUGCACUAAGGAGGCAAUAAGUGGGGAGAUGCGGAUCAGCGAGCAGCCCCCUAUGGACUGUCUGGAGCAGAGUCAGGCAAUGCAGCAUUCCCUGCCUUACUCAGUUCCUCCUCCAAUGCCCAUGGGGGCUACUAAUGAAGGUGGGCAUCCAGGUGGCUUCCACUGUUGGCAGCUUCAUCCCAGUCACCCUCAUCACCCACACCACAACCGGCACUCACACCAUCACCCAGACUUCUUCUGCUCUCCUCCACCAGCCCCCGUUGGAAACCCUUCCUUGCAUGAUAAAGGGAUCAAUAGUGGUGGCUGUAGAGACCCCAAAGUGACUGGAGCCACAUUUGUACCAUCUGUUAGUCACCUUGGGGAGAAAACUGGAAGCCCCUUCCAGAUGGGCAUCUCUGAGUGCCAAGGGGUUAGGGGUGGAGGGAAUAGUAUCAAGGAGAAGGCCUUGGAAAAGCCUUCCAAUGGGGGACAUCAUGGGAACUGGCCCAGGAAACAGCAGCAAACUCCAACCCAGCAGCAACAUCCCUACAGAAAAGCUGAAAAAGCCCCAGAUUGGAUGCACAACCACCAUCAUCAUCUGCAGCAGCCACAACAGCAGCAGCAGCAGCAGAACCAUUCACAGCAACACCAGACUGUGCGUUCCAGAAGCGCAGAUUGCAUCAACAGUAUGGAAACAGACAUCUACAGACCUACUCUGGCCAAUGAGCCAAAAGCUAUUCAUCCCUUUCCCAACCAACCUAACGCCAACCCCCAAGCCUACAGAGACUGCUCCCACUCUGGGCCUCCAACCAAUCCUUCACCUCUUUCUGGGAAAACCAUAGCCCAGCACACGGGUUCAGGAGGACACGGAAGCUGCUCUAUGCCAAGAGAUGGACAAAAGGUUGCCCGAAUUCGCCACCAACAGCAUGGAAGGGCUGGCCCAGAUACAACUGGUGCUGACCUAAACCAGGCUAAUGGGAACCCGGAGAUGAAGAGAAAUAUGUCUCCUUACAGCUAUAAUAACAACAACAACAUACAGCAUCACUCACAUCAGCAGCCGUCAAUGCCAUCUUGGGCCAUGCAACCUCACCAAAUGCACUCUGAAGAGGACCAGCACAAAUCAUUCAUAAAAUCGAACAGUGUAGCUGCCAACAACAGACAGCCUACACCGCAACAGCAGCACCAGGCAUCAGGAAUGGGUCCUCCUCCUCCUCUGCUUCAUCCAGCCCCUCCUCAAAACCAGCAGGAGGCUACUGGCUCACAGGGAGAGAACAGUGCCAUGAAGAACCUUCUGAAGUACAGUAAUCAGCAACCUCUUCUUCUGUCCCAGAAGACCCCAUUUGGAGGGCUGGGGAGCCUCAAAACAGGGCCAAAUGGCACCAGCUGCUCUCUUCAGGGGGGCAAGCAACCCCUACCCUCCAGGAAAGGCCAAAGCCAUGAAAACGAGCGAGCUGAUUGUGGGGAACGGAGCAGAGAGAUAGGAGAGGCCCCACAUGUAGAAGGGGAGGUGCGGCAGCCUCCAGUGGGGAUUGCAGUUGCUGUGGCACGACAGAGAGACCCAGCAUGCCAAAUAUCAGGCAGCCAUCCCGGCAGCCGUCAGGGGCGGGUGCACUCUACCUUGAAAGGUACCCCACGCGCCAUGUACCCCUCGGACUCACUUGGUGAGGAGGAGAGAAAAAGGAUGAGUGUAGAGCAAAUGGGCCAUCUGUGCCUCGACAGAGAACGAGACACUUAUAUUAGGGAUAACAAUAAAAGAGUGGGAUUUACACACAUCCAUCCAUCUAACAGUUGCCAUGGUGACCUCACCUCUCAUAUCAUGGUGCCAGGUGGCACGUCAAUACAGCCGAGCCAGUUAGGGGACCCGACUGUACAUACACAUUCUGCUCACCACCACUGGAUGCCACGCACAGGAAGUCCCUCCCUCUGGAUGACGGGUCACUCUUAUGGCAUUGGCCACACAGCUUUGCAUCAGAAUCUGCCCCCGGGGUUCUCUGCAGCUAUGCCUGCCCCCCUUCAAUCAGUCCUGCCCCUUCCCCAAGACCCCUCUGCCCAACUGGUGGUGCUGCCCAGCGAACCUGCCACACACCCAGCCAGCCACCUUGACGUGAUGGAGCAGCCUGGUCUGUGGCCCCCAGUCUACAGGGCCCGAGGGGCCCACUCCCACAUGCAGCAUUCUGCUGUGUAUUCCCGCUCGCAGUUUCUACGGCAACAAGAGCUUUAUGCUCUCCAGCAACACCAUCAGCUGCACUCGAGUCAUCAGCCUCCACCUCCAUCACACAGAGCACCAAACAACAUGGAGCUACAGCACAGAGCUGGGCACAGCCAGAUGCAGAGGAAACCAGAAGAGCAGAGCAUGGCAUUAGAAGACAUCCUGUCCGACCCCAGGACUCCCAAACCUGCCAAGUGCUAUGCCUACGGCCCAUCGGACCAGGCCUCCUCACCUCCCAGAGGCUCCACUGCCCACUUAUCACCUUGCUGUCAGUCCCCUUGUAUGCAACCUCACCCUAAAAGCACACCCUCUACCCCCUGCCCCGCCCCAAGUCCAGUAGCUGCAACGCCCUGUUCACCCGCCAUCAGCCCUUCCACUUUGCAACCGUCCAAAGCUGCAGAGUCCCAGGACAGGAGGGUGGAAAGGCAGCCGCCCCAGGACUACCCUCAGUCCUUGGAGCCUGAUCUGCCACCUGGAUACACCUAUCUGCAAAUCGGCAUGGAAUACCGGAAUGGACCCAUGCCUCAAGACAUCCAGUUGGCAGAGCCCGCUGAUUUGGAAGCUGUUCAGGUUGAACCCGUUGAGCACGCCACUCCAGCUCUCUCCAAUUUAGGAGAAGGCCUGGAAUGUUUUGCAAUGGUGAGGCCACUCCAAGAGCCACAAGUACCAAUGGUAAAAGAAGAUGCCACAAGUCUGGUUGAGCAAGAGCCGGAGUUCGCACAAGGGGAGGAUAUGGAGACCCUUAUGGCCAUGGGUUGCUGUGAAUCAGUAGAGGCUGAUCAGGGAAAGGAGCUGCCAGAAUUGCACAUCUGCCCAACAGCUGAAGGUCCAGUUUGUGAAGUAGGACAAGGACCUAUCAUAUCAUCCAAGGAAGAAAUCCAACAUAGUGACCCAACUGUUACCUGUGAAGAAGAAAAGAGUGAAAAUGGAACUCCUCAAGAGAACGAUGACAUUGAGACACUGGAAGAUCAGGGAGCUCUAUUACCUGAACAAACAAGCGUUCCUGAUUGUUUACCUAACCAGCUGCCAAACACCACCACUCAGGCAGAUGUUGUAGUUAUGGGAGUAGAUGAUCAACAGAAAAACUGUGUGGAGAUACCAUCUCCAUUGCCGAAUGCCUGCUCCCAGAGAAUUGUGUCAAGUUACUGGAGUUUGGAGCUCCUGAUUGCUGCAGCCUUCUGUGGAGACUGUCCUCCACCCUCUCCACCUUCCUCUUCCCCAUACCACAAAUACGGUGGCCCAAUCAACUCCACCUAUCAUGGCAUGGAAUUGUUGAGUGAGCUGGCUGAUCUGGAACUGCAACAGUAUCGGCAACGUUGUGGUAAAGCUCAAGAGGAUCAAUGGAUUUUUGACCUACAAAGUCUUGCUACUUUGGCAGCAGCUCGUGCUCUUGAAUUAAACUCACAGGAUAGCAGUGCCACAGAUGCUGAGAAACAGUAUCCCGCUCAAAGAACUCUCAACCUGCGCAGAAAAUGCAGCUGGACACCACGUCAUGAUCCGGUGUGUCCAGUGAAAGGUGCUAUAGACAGUCUGGAUGGUCCCGAGCUGGAGAUGCGCAUGAGAUUAGCAGAGCUGCAACAGCGUUACAAAGAGAAACAGAAAGAACUGGCCAAACUUCAGAGGAAACACGAUCACCAAAAAGAGGAGACACCUCGUAGUCCUGCACGUCGAGGGCCUGGCAGACCACGCAAACGUAAAUCAGCUCCUGGCCUUGGCCCCGGGAUCCUUACAGAACCCCAGAAAAAAGUCAAGUUGGUGGGAGCGGGGCUAAGUCCUCUGGAGGAUGAGCAGCGGGGAGGCGGAGACUCUCAGAGGAAGAAGAAAAAACUGUCCAGUCGAGGGUUUGGCCGUCUUAACUCUGCAGAGAUGAAGUCACAGUGCUGUCGAAAGAGCUGUCUGCAAGAUCAACGCAUGAGUCAACUCAAGCAGAAGAUCUCAGGUGGACAAAUCACCUCUGGAGCUGCGUCCCGGGACCGAGAGUCUUCCUCAGCCUCUAAGAGCCUCUACUCCAGCCAGAGUAACUCCAAAGCAGAGUCCACACACCUCAGCACGACCAACGAGUCUGAGAGCUUGAGCGAUACAGGCACCAGUGGGGACAGCGGGACUCGGGAGUGCUGGAAGAGACAUGAACCAGCAGCUGUUAAACGAGGAAGGAAUAAAAGUUGUGGAGCAGCAACGUGUUUGCAGCGGCCAGGGGCCCGGACCCCCCAGGGCAGGAGACAGGACGUGGACGAGGAAGGAGAGACGUCCCCCCCAGAGAGUGUGUACUCUGAGCAAGAGGAAGAUGAAGAGGAAGGCAGUUAUGGCAGUGAGGAAGGCCAAGACAUCAAAGCACCAGCGUUCAGGGAUUUAUCCUUCAGCUCGUCUGUCACAGGCCCCUCCCCUUUUUCUGUUGUCAAACUGGAAGCCAAUCAGAAGGCAAAGAUUAAGCGAGAACGUCAGGAACUUAAAGGAUCCCAGCUUCGCUCUGUAACAGAAGGGGAUGUGAAGGUGAAGCAGCGGGCCCCCUGUCGAGCCAUACCCAUCCCUGUCUCCAAACCUUCAGACAGAAGACGACCGGGUCGGCCCAGACUGCAGGACAAACGCUGGUCUGUGAUCACAGGCAGGCCAGGUCAUUACAGAAAGAGUGGCGGCCUCCUCUCAUUCCCCAGCAGCACCAGUGAGCGACUAAAGAGAGCCACACAGAAGAGCUCAAUGCUGAGAGCCACGAGAAGUUGUUACUGGUCGACCGGGGCUGAGUCUCCAGAUAGCGAUGAUAACAACAGUACUCGGAGAACCAGAUUAAGAGAGUCUAAGGGUCGAGCGAUCAGUCGUCUGCUAGAGAGCUUUGCGGCAGACGAUGGGUUCCACCUGGGUGAAGACAGCAGCUUCUCGGAUGAGGAGAGGAAGAGUUCAUCUCAUACCAGAACUUUUCCAGCACCUCCAAACUGUGUGCUGACCAAAGAACUGCUGACUGAUGGACUAAAGAUUCUGAUCUGUAAAGAAGACGAGCUUCUGUAUGCGGCUCGUGUGAGUCCUACGGAGUCGCCAGAUGUCUACAGCAUUGUUAUCAACGGUGAGAGAGGAAACCGGCCCAGAAUCUACUCCCUGGAGCAGCUCUUGCAUGAAGCUGUGUUGGACGUACGCCCUGAAAGUGAGGCUGUGCUAACAGAGGGGACUAGAGUGUGUGCUUACUGGAGCGAGCGCUCGCGAUGUCUUUACCCAGGAUAUGUGCGAAGGGGUGGUGCUGGUGAUGCAGGUAAACCUGGUGGAGUUAUGGUGGAGUUUGAUGACGGGGACAGAGGGUGGAUAUCUCUUUCCAAUAUUCGCUUUCUUCCACCCAAUUAUCAAAUUCAAUGUGCAGAUUCAGACACUGUGCUGGUUUCUGAUGGACAGUUUGGCAGAAGCAGUUCAACACAAGAUAAUGGGACUCUGAGUAAGAGGACGACAAGUACAGACAGAUCCAGAGCUCAGGACAAACCAGUCAGAGGACCGGGGAGGCCUAAGGGUUCAGGGCUGAGGAAGUCUAUCUCAAACAAUGUGGUGAAAAGCUCAGCAUCUUCUUUGAACUGGUCAUCAUUAGAUGCACCGAGAAGGAGAACGCCGAUUAAUUUUUUCCAGCUUAAUGGUUCAGACUCAAAGAAAGCCUUGAAAGGCAGGGUGGCAGAAACAUCUUCUCGACCUUCAGUCUCAAUGACGACACCAGCCAAAGGUAUCUUUAGUAGUAGCUCCUUUGAGGUGGACUCGUUCAGCAGCAUAGCCAAUGGUUAUUCAUGCUUCAGGAUGUCACUGGAGGGCAAAAACACCUCUUGCAUUCAAAAGAGUAGGACUAAGGACCCAGCACCAACUCGGGGUAGGAAAGCAGAAUUUCUAGUGAAAUUGGACCACGAAGGUGUAACAUCUCCAAAGACUAAGAGUAGCAAGGCUCUUCUGUUGCUCAGAGCUUCUGGUUUUGGCUCCAACUGUAUAGGUGGUCUGCCCAGGACAGAGGUUUAUUCCCACCCAGUCCUGCUGGUCAAGGACAAUAGGAAAGGUGAUGGCUCUGGAGCAGAGCUCUUGCUGAAAGGGACGCAGGGACAGAGGAAGCCAUCGCCAACCUUGCGCAUUAAUGAGUAUAAAGACUUGAAUCUUGGCUGCCAUAGAGACUGCCACAGCUCUUACUCAGACAUGGAUGAGGAAGACCAAAGAAGAACAGUCAGUGGAGCACUUACUCCAGCCUCGGGAGGUUUAAGAACAGCUGGCAGAUUUAUCUCGAGCAUUUCAGUGUCAUCAUCUUCCUCAGGUUCCUCAAGCUCCUCAAGUUCAGGUUCUCUCUCCAGUUCCAGCUUGUGUUCCUCAGAUAACGACUCAUCAUACAGCUCGGAGGAUGAGGAGAGUUCCACACUGCUGCUGCAGAGUUGCUUGACCCCACACCACUCUCUGAUCCAGACCCCUGAACCCCCUUCUGGACCUCCACGACACUCGUUUGUGGCCAAAGCUGUGGCCGUGUCCAGUGCCAAAGGUGGUAGCAACAGUGUUAGCAGCAAGCCUCAGAAGAGGAAAGAGUGUCCCAGCUCACUCUCCAAAACCUCAAAGGAGCUUCUUAACAGGCAAAGGCAUCUGACAGACCAGACCAAGCCGAGGCUGUCACCCAUCCUGCCAUCUAGACAGCUAUGGAGAUGGUCUGGAAACCCUGCACAGCACCGUGGAUCAAAGGGGAAGGCCCAGAACCUUUUUUACAAGGCCAUAGUACGAGGCAAGGACAUGGUUCGGGUAGGAGACUGUGCCGUGUUCCUUUCAGCUGGCCAGCCUCAUCUGCCACUAAUCGGUCGCAUUGAGAGUUUCUGGGAAUCGUGGCAGAGCAGUAUGGUUGUGAAGGUCAAGUGGUUCUACCACCCCGAAGAGACCAAGCUUGGCAACAGACACCGUGAUGGCAAACAUGCCCUGUACCAGUCGUGCCAUGAGGAUGAGAAUGACGUCCAGACGAUCUCUCAUAAGUGUCAGGUUGUUUCCCGUGAGGAAUACGAGCAUUUGACCUGCAACAGGAAGUCUAAUGGAAGCAAACUAACUGGUGACCUGUACUACCUAGCUGGCACCUACGACCCCACCAACAGCCAGCUGCUCACUGCAGAUGGGAUGUCCUUACACUGUUAGAACUGCACUUGCUUAUCCAAGCAUACUACUGAGUUGUCUGUGGUUCGGUGUCAGGGUGUUCAAAAUUGAGCUGUGGUGCACUGGACAAGGACCAGGAGGUAUCGUACCACCCCACAUACCCAAAAACUCUGUCUACUCGGGGGAGAAAUCUGGAUGAUUCCCCUAGCGAUACAUUACCAGUAGAUGCAGUUUGUCCAUGGUCUUAAUUCUCUUCUGAGUUCACCUAACAAACAUCUAACAGACUAUGGUUUUUGAUCACCAAAGUAGAACAUGGCAUCUAAUUGAAAAGACUUGAGCUAUGUCGUAGGUGGAGACGUUUGGAGCGUUAUCGCCACUUUCAUGAUUCCAGGGAUAUUUAAGAUAUAUUAAGUUCAUUUAUGUCUGUAUAUACAGUAUAUAGGGAAUUAUUUCCUAUUAAGCCAUACACUUCAGUACCUCUUAACAAGUCUUCUUAUUCAGGUGUAUAUUGUACAGGUUGCUUGUUUUUUUUAUGUUAUUUUUGUCAUGGUUUGUUUAUAUGUAUAUACAAAACUAUUUUAUAUAAGUGUAAUGUACAGAGUCUAAUCUUACCAUGUUUUGAUUGGUUUAUUUUUGUAUAAGUGGCUGACAUCGUAGUUGUUGUUGAUUUCUCUCUGAGAGGGUGAGCUGAAGAUGUAUGUAUUGCACUGCACAUGGCCUGCUGAGAGAGUGAGGGGGUUUGGGUUCCUGCCCUGUCCAUACAGGGCAGCAUCCCACUAUCAGCUGCACUUUUGUUCCUCUAAUGUCUUACUCCUGUUUGUUGUUGCUUAUAUUUGCAGACUCGAAUCACUUUAGCAUUAAAACAAAGGGAAAAUGUCAUGUGACACUUUAAAGUCGUUCCACAAAAUAUAUAUUACCUACCAGUAGGAUUCUGCUAUCAAUAAUUAAACUGAAUCAGUGUUUCAAAUGACAAUUCUCUUCUUAUACAGAGAAUAGAAAUUAAGAAAUGUCCACGUAAUUUCACCCAUAUGUAUAUAUGUAUGCCUAAUAUAGUGUAGGUCCCCCUCAUGCCGCCAAAACAACGCCAACCCGCAUCUCAGAAUAGCAUUCAGAGAUGAUAUUCUUCUCACAAUUGUACAGAGCGGUUAUCUGAGUUACUGUAGACUUUGUCAGUUUGGACCUGUCUGGACAUUCUCCGUUGACCUCUCUCAUCAACAAGACAUUUCCAUCCACAGAACUGCCCCUCACUGGAUGAUUUUUGUUUUUGUCACCAUUCAGAGUCAAAUCUAGAGACUGUUGUGUGUGAAAAUCCCAGAAAUACUCAAACCAGCCCGUCUGGUACCAACAAUCAUCCAUUUACAUUUACAUUUAUUCAUUUGGCAGACGCUUUUAUCCAAAGCGACUUACAAAAGAGGAAGAACAUCAGCAAAUCAUCUUAGGGAGACAGUGGUACAAAAAGUGCCAUAUUACAAAGUUUCACUAUCAUCAUAAUAGUAUACAAAACAGAUUUAAGUGCAACAAGAAAUGUAAUUUUUUUUUUUUUUGUGAUUAUCUAAUCAGCUAAUUGCGUGGCAGCAGUGCAGUGUAUAAAAUAACGCAGAUACAGGUCAGGAGCUUCAGUUAAUGUUCACAUCAACCAUCAGAAUGGGGGAAAAUGUGAUCUCAGUGAUUUGGAGCAUGGCAUGAUUGUUGGUGCCAGAUGGGCUGGUUUGAGUAUUCCUGUAACUGCUGAUCUGCUGGGAUUGUCACACACAACAGUCUUUUAUUCCCACAAAAUUAUUUUCAUUCUAAUGUGCAAAGAUCUCAUUCUCAUCAUUGUAAUACAGUAAUCAAAAUCUUCCUCUCUGGACACAAUAUAUUUAUUUGAUUAAAAACAGCAUAACAUCGUCACAUGUUUUAGACACUGUGUCAAGUUAAUGGUGCACUCUGUAACCUUUUGUUUGUGUCAUCUUGGACAUCUAGUAGUGUGGAUGCAGCAUCAUUUAAAAUCAAUAAUUUUCAGAUACAGAAGCCAUAGUAUAAAUUCACUAUUCACAAAGUGUCCAAUAACAAGACGGUUACUGAGAUUAUGCAAGUAGUAAUCAGCAAGUCAUGUGAUUCUAAAAUGGCAGCCCCCAAGAGGGUGCCCCUGCCCCAUGUAGAAUUUAACAGCUUUUAGAAGGCUUUCGACAUUCUAAAAAAUUCAGGUUACAUAGAUGACUUCAUGAGACUGUUACACAUAAUUCCAGAUUGUUUGUCACCCAGGAAAGUUUCAAUACUUAAAAAAAAAUGGUUGACUAAUGUGUUUGCCUUUUACUGCCUUAUUAAAAUGGUGUAUGUUUACUGUUACGAAUGUUGCCUACAAUGCUUAAAUAAAAUACAGCCUACUGUAACACAUUUACUUGCUUGGAGAAAAAAUUAUAAAAAGAGUGAAUGAUUUGGGUUGGGUCCCACAGUCCCAGGUAUGGGCUUCAACUAUGCCCAUUUAGACAGAGAACCCUGAUGAGAAUGAGAUUUUUUUUGCACUAAUUUGUGUGCUUUCUAAGUCACUUACAGUUAACCUUCUGUCUGGCGAAAUAGCUUUGGGAGACCACAAGGGGUGAUAUAACAUUUACUGAACAUAAUACUGGAGGACACGUUAAUGCGGUGCAGGUGGUCCAAAGUUGUGAAUCUACUCACCAUACACACAAAAGCUAUGAAGGUGUUUGUAUUUAUUCAAGAAUGAACAAAGUGACUUUGAUAGGUUUGCAGGUUAGUGUAUGAAACUAGUGUAACUGCUCAAACUGAACAAUUAGAAAUGGCAAAAUGUAUUCUGCAAUUUUUCUAAAUAUAGCCUUGAAUAGGUUUCAAUCAAGCUGUCAAACCACAAAAAGACACUUGUAACUGAAAAUACAUUGUGUAGGCUAUAUGAAAGAUACACAGAAACAAUCUAUCAUCCAGUGAUAGAUAGAGUGAAUUGAAUGGAAAACAAUGCAAGUUGCACUGGGUGUACCUUCAUAGAAAAUAAUUGUUUCGAAUUUUAGAUUUAGAUUGUUUCGAAUUUUAGACAAUAAGUUACCCUGCUGCUCACACUUUACCAAAAUUGUAUUAAGAUACAAAAAACGAUUGUACUACUGAGUAGCCUUAUAUAUAUAUAUAUAUAUAUAUAUAUAUAUAUAUAUAUUUGAAAAACUGGCAAUAUAGAAUGCUAAUUAUCUGGGAAAAUUUCUGAUUAGCGAUUCGUAAAAAGAAGGCAUCAAUACCAAGUCAAAUAAUAAUGAGCAUUUGGGAGAAAACAUAUACAUGAAAAUAAUGUCACAAUGCAAAAAAAAAAUUGGUUUCUUUUUCUUUAUGUAAAAUAUAAUGUAUUAUUGAUUUCAUGUUGAAAUAUGACAUGCAAAUGUUCAUGACUGGUUUCGUGAGAUUAACUCGAAAUACUGGUAUGGAGUACCAGAAGAACCUGAAUAAUAGUAUAUUUCACUUCCAACAUGUGUUAUUACUGUAUCUGAUGCAUUUUUUGUUGUCAAAUGCAUACUGCACUGUAUUUACGUAUCGCUUUGCUUUUUCAACCAUUUUGACCACAUUUUUUAUUUUAGUACCAAUCAAAAGGUGGUAUGUCGGUUAAGGGUGAGUGAGACCUAAACCUGUAGUAUCCCAUGGUCAGGGCACUAAAACAAGGGACUGUUUGAGCACUAGGCACUGCUGGAGUUUGUAGAGUAGUUGAUAUACAGUCAGACUGUAUCUCAUGCACUAAUUUCUCACUGUGAGCGACAAUCACAUUCAUGCAUGAAAGAGUGUCCACUAUUUGAAAGGCUCACACAAUCACAGCAUUUCUUUGUUUGUGCCAAAAAAAUUCAUUUUUGAAUAUGCAGUGUUCACUGUACAAGUUGUUUUGUGUUUUUUUUUUUCUAUGUUCCUUUCUAAUCAUUAAUGUUUAUUUAUUGUCAGAAUUGCUGUUUCAUCAUAAAACCAACAGAUAUUAAUGAACAUUUCUUAUUUGAUGGGAUCUGUUUAAAGGAAUAGUUCACCAAAAAUGGAAAAUUCUGUCAUUUACUCACCCAUCUGUUGUUCCAAGGCCUUAUAUAUUGGCGCUCGAAUUGAUCUUCCAUUUUCAGUGGAAUAAACUGUAAUGUACCGUAAGAAAUAUCUACCACAUCUUCUAACUUCUCUUCAGACUGACAAAUAUGAGGAUAUUUGUCAACCUGGUCUCAUAGAAUCACAUUAAUGUAAUGAUUUGAUCUUGCAUCAUUGUACAUAUUGCGGCAGUUUCCAGGAGAAAUAACUUUUCACUUUCACAAAAAUCAUCAGUAAAAGUUAAGCAAAUGAUCAGUUUAGAAACACUUUUCACCCUGUUCAUCACAACACUAUCUUAUAACAUCUAAACACUUUUACUAGAGCGCAUGACUCAUUUUAAUGUUUGCGUUACAUAACCAACUACAUUUAUAAGCUUGUUCUGGCAUGAUCAAAUUGUGCAGUAGUUCAACUGAUAAAGCGCUGCACUUGCACUGCAAAGGACCGAGGUACAAGUCCUGAAGAGCAUGCAAGCUGAAAGUGUCAUAGAAGCACCAUAAAAUUAUGUAGUUGCUUCAGCAAUUGUGUUUUUUAUCUGACAUAUACCUUUUUUGAUAAUAUUGGUUAGAUCUUCAGUUGAAGUCAGAAAUUACAUACACCUUAGCCAAAUACAUUCCUAACAUUUAAUCAUAGAAAACAUUCCCUGUCUUAGGUCAGUUAGCAUCACUACUUUAUUUUAAGAAUGUGAAAUGUCAGAAUAAUAGUAGAGAGAAUGACGUAUUUCAACUUUUAUUUCUUUCAUCACAUUCCCAGUGGGUCAGAAGUUUACAUACACUUUAUUUGUAUUUGGUAGCAUUGCCUUUAAAUUGUUUAACUUGGCUCAAAUUUUUUGGGGAGCCUUCCACAAGCUUCUCACAAUAAAUUGCUGGAAUUUUGGCCCAUUCCUCCAGACAGAACUGGUGUAACCGAGUCUGGUUUGUAGGCCUCCUUGCUCGCACAUGCUUUGCUUUUUUUAUUGGAUUGAGGUCAGUGCUUUGUAAUGGCCACUCACAUACCUUGACUUUGUUGUCCUUAAGCCUUUUUGCCACAAAUUUGGAAGUAUUCUGGGAUUAUUGUUAAUUUGGGAGACACAUUUGCAACCGAGCUUUAACUUCCUGGCUGAUGCCUUGAGAUGUGGCUUCAAUAUAUCCACAUAAUUUUCCUUCCUCAUGAUACCAUCUAUUUUGUGAAGUGCACCAGACCCUCCUGCAGCAAAGCACCCCCACAACAUGAUGCUGUUACCCCUAUGCUUCACGGUUGGGGUGGUGUUCUUCGGCUUGCAAGCCUCACCCUUUUUCCUCCAAACGUAACAAUUGUCAUUAUGACCAAACUGUUCCAUUUCUGUUUCAUUAGACCAGAGGACAUUUCUAAAAGUAAGACCUUUGUCCUCUUAUGCACUUGCAAACUGUAGUCUGGCUUUUUUAUGGCAUUUUUGGAACAGUUCUUUAUUGCUGAGCAGCCUUUCAGGUUAUGUUUAUAUCGGACUUGUUUGACUGGAUAUAGAUACUCGUCUACCUGUUUCCUCCAGCAUCUUCACAAGGUUCUUUGCUGUUGUUCUGGGAUUGAUUUGCACUUUUCGCACCAAAUUACGUUCAUCUCUUGGAGACAGAAUGUGUCUUCUUUCUGAGUGAUAUGAUGGCUGCAUGGUCCCAUGGUGUUUAUACUUGUGUACUAUUGUUGGUACAGAUGACUGUGGUACUGUGGGAAUAUAAAUGUAAGAAUGAGUUUAUGUGUAUCAGACUUGGUAGUUUAGAGAAGAGUGUCAGCUGAAUUACACUGUUAAACAGAGUUGCUAAUUUGAGGUCUCUGCCAGAUCCUGUUCAACUUUUUGUCAAAGAAUGGCUUACUGAAGCUAUCACCUUUGGUACGUGUUGGCUUUUGGUGCCUGUGUCCCAGCCACUGAAUUGAAGACCAUUGUUCAUGAUUUAAUCAUUGUCUGAGUCAAAUGCAAAUAUAAUGGCUUAGGUGUGAACCUUCUUUUAUCUCUAUGAUAAUGAAGUAGUCUGAGUGAUAUAGUUAUGCUGAUUGGAUUAAGGGAUGGUGAAUCUCCAGGGUCUGGGAAGUGUUCCUACAACUGCUUACUUCCUUAGAAUACUUUGUUAACAGUCAUCAACUGAGUACUUUGCCUUCACUUGAAGGAGUGCCCACCAAAAUGUCUAUAAAACUACAAUGUAAGUCUCACUUAGUUAGACUUGAUGACUGCAGUGCCACGCAGCACAUUCUCAAUAUAGAAUUCUGCUGAAGACGUACUCCGAGUUUCCUGGUCUUCACUUAUGAGUUUCCAACAGUACCUUCAGGCAUUUGGAAAUUGCUCUCAAGGAUGAACUAGACUUGUGGAGGUCCACAAUUUUUCUUCUCAUGUUUUGGCUGAUUUCUUUUGAUUUUCCCAUGAUGUCAAGCAAAGAGGCACUUAGUACACCUCCAAUUCAGUACCAAUUCUGGACUUUGCCAAGCUGCUUAAAGGCACAGUUAACUUGGUGUAUGUAAAUUCUAACCCACUGGAAUUGUGAUAUAGUCACACUUAUAGAUACAAUUUUUGGAAAAAUUACUCGUGUCAUGCACAAAGUAGAUGUCCUAAAAGACUUGCCAAAACUAUAGUUUGCUAAUAUGAAAUCUGUGGAGACUUCAGCCUAAGUGUAUGUGAACUUCUGACUUCAAAUUGUAGGUUUAAGGUUUAGGGUAGGGAGGUCAGUUUUGUUGAUUUUAAACUCGAUAGAGCAUUAACCAUAAAAACCUCAUCUGUUUUAGGAGAACAUUAAAUUUGCUUUUAGCGCCUAACAGUGGACAUUUCAAGACAGAACUGCUGCAAUACCACGUAAUAUUAACAAAUGCAAUGUAAACAGUAUUCAGUAAGUAGUUAAGUUAAUAUUCCAUUCUGAACAAGGCCUGAGUUUAUGACAUUAGACUAUGGUUGAUGUAGACCUAUGUAUUAGGACUUGAUUAGGUUUGAUUAUUUAUAAAAAUACUCAAUUAAUCAGAACAAGGUUUAUAUAUAAAAAAGGUUUGUGUGUGAGCAAGUAUGUGCGCCUUUUGUACUUCGCCUUUAUGUUUGACUGAUUUGACACAAGAGGCAACUGGAUAGAGUCAUGAAUGUACUUAGCAUAUAUUAAACAUGCGUAUUAUCUUAAGACCUGUCUGUAAGUCUUAACAAACAAAAUCAGAUUUGCUGUUGGUUUCAAUCUCCUUUCCAUUCGAGGGGAAAAAUGUGAUUAGUGUUCCCAAAUGAAGGUUAGCGUUUAUGUUGUAAGGGAACGUGGAUAUUCAGACUAGCAUGUCUGAUCCAUUAAAAGAGCAGGUCACUUGCCCAAGGCAAAAGUGCAAUACUACUUUGGCUAAAUAUCGACAUUUUGAGGCUUUUUGCAAAGGCUGAUUGAUAACAGGAAUCAUAAGGAGGACGCAGGAAUGUCUGUCCUAUUUAACAGCUUUCUUUAAAUGUCGGUUUUGCUUUAUUUGCAAAAAAGCUGUGAGGUGUGUACUUCUAUUCCGCUUGUCAGAGAGUCUUUUUUUGAGUACGAGAUGUUCUAACAUUGUUAAUGAAAAAUUGCUUGUUUUUGUUUUUUUGUUUAAUUGUAUUUUGUUUUUCUUUUCUCUGAAAUGUUGUACAAAUUGUAAAAGUGUAAAGUAAGGUUUGGUUUUAGGGUAAACAUUUUACCAAAAAAACAAAACAAACAAACAGUUUAUGAGUAUCAACUGUAAAUGUGGUUUAGUAUUACAAUUUUUUAUAGAGGGCUUAUAAAUAAA